AUGGCAGCUCCCGCCGCUGCCGGUGUGGCAGAUCGCGCUCAGGCGCGUGAGCUGGUCGACGAAAUCGCUGUCAAUCAUGGCUACCUUCCACCCCAUGUUGUUGACUUAAUCCCUGAUGAGAUCCGUGCUACUGUCUUACAUGCCCUUCAGAAGAAGGAUAAUAUGAUAGCAGCGUCUGUCUCGACACUGGCCCAAAAUUUAUAUUCAAGUUCUGCUCGCUUUAUCUUUGAAUUGCUCCAGAAUGCUGCUGAUAAUAGCUAUCUGAAGGCCUUGGCCGAUGGGCAUGACCCGUAUGUCUCAUUCAGCGUCUACCCGGACCGUCUUGUCGUGGAAUGCAACGAGGAUGGCUUCACCAGUGAGAAUCUCACAGCAAUCUGCAACAUUGGGAAGAGCUCCAAGCAGGGUGCCCAGGGAUACAUUGGCGAGAAGGGCAUCGGGUUCAAGUCGACGUUCAUGGCUGCCUGGAAGGUGAAAAUUGAAUCAGGGCCUUUCACUUUCUAUUUCGAGCACCAGGUGGGUGAUUCGGGCAUGGGCAUGAUCACCCCCAUCUGGUUCGAGCCCGAGGACGAGUUUCAAGGUCCAGGGACACAGAUUUCGCUCUACUUUCAUGACAACGGAACGCCAGGCGAUCUGACGGAACGGCGUGACGAGGUCAUUAGCCAGCUCAAGGAUCUUCAAGGUGAAGCGCUGUUGUUCGUGAAUAAAUUGAGGCGUAUCAAUAUUGCUGUCUUCGAAUCGGGCGAGGACAAGAUAUGGUCCAAAUCGAUGGCAUUAUCAGACAGCCCAAACUUUCCACAAGGUUCCGAGCUCCGCACGUCUAAGUUUGAUGCCACGAGUGGCACCGAUUCUGAAAUGGUCAGACAAUUUCAUGUCACCAAGUAUGACGCCACGGGGCUGUCUAGGAAUGAGAACAGGUCCUAUUCAGAGACUGAGGAGGGUCUGGCCUUGUAUUCGACAUCGCAAGUGGUUCUAGCAUUUCCGCUUGAUGCAAACGACGAACCCAUCACUGAAAUACAGGAUGUUUUUGCGUUCAUGCCAGUCCGUAAAAUUGGCUUCAACUUCCUCAUCCAUGCAGACUUUGUAACUCAGGCCAAUCGCCAAGACAUUGUCUGGAGUUCCCAACGAAAUGUCGGUCUUCGCAAGGCUAUCGGCCAGGCUCUGGUGAAAGGCAUAGAAGAGUUGGCUAAGCAUCAAACCCUCCAAUACAAGUGGAUGAGAUACUUGCCUCGUGAAGAAAGCCUGAACCAUUCGCCCUUCUGGAAAGAUAUGGUAUCUGAAAUUAAGUCACCUCUUUCCCAGGCGCAGAUUCUUGUUCCCAUCCGCCAGGCUGCCCGAUGUCCCAUACAACAGAUGAGGCAGCUCGAGGCUCGUUACUUGGACAAAAACGGCGACCCUCUCAUCCCAGAUCUAUGUAAUAGUCCGAUGUACUUGUCCAAGGACUACGAAGAUAACGACCUUAACAUUCUAAGAGAGUAUGGCCUUUCAGUACUCCAAGUAUACGAAAUAUAUCCUAUUCUCUCAGCAAUGGUCCAGGAACAAUCGUGGAAGAAAGCUCUCUUCGAGACUCGAGAUGAGAACUGGCACAGCAGGCUAGCGAAAUUGAUUCUAGCAGCGAUAAACUAUGAUAUGACACAAUUGUCCGGGUCGUCUCAACCUUCGGGCAACAUCGGUUCAUCGUCAUCCUCGUCAGGACUAUUCUCCUUCGGCAGCCGUGAGACGGCCGAUACCCAAAUCAGGGGCAACUCUAAUACGGGGCCGUCCAACACUUCUCUGUUUGCAUUUAGUUCCCAAGGCAAGACCAACGCCAGCGCCACAGGUACCUUGGAUUCGAGAGCAUCCACGCCUGGGUUGUUCUCAUUCAGUGAUCAGAAUGCGGAUUCUACCAAAUCGACAGUGAAAAACAGAUUUGUACACCUUCCGUUGAUACCUCUUGCCUCGGGAGAAGUCGCCCCAGCCAGGCCUAUAUUUGGUAAAGGGACUACCUGCCAUUUCUCAGAUUUUGAAGGGAUACCUGUUCCUCGGGAUCUCGUCCCACGUGUUGUUCUUCCAGCCGCGGCAGCAAACGCUUCGUGUAGGCAGCUGUACGAAAGCCUAGGUGUGCUGAAGCCAUCGCCUUCGUACGUUAUCCAGAUGCUAGUGGCAAAACACAAGAACUCCUUCUUCAAACACAACGUUACUCUUGAAGAAACAAAACAACAUCUAGUUUGGCUAUAUCGGAUGAAGCUACCAUCGUCUGGACCCAAUGCGGGAUCCCACCCUCUAUUUGCACAGAACCCUUCCGUCUUAGACGACAUGAAACUUUUCGACCAUAAGAACCGCGAAGUACGUCCACUACAAGAUUUUGUUUAUCUCCCAGGUGGAGGGAAAUACUGUGCACAGAAUUGGCUUCGACCUGUUCAAAUUCCCGGUGAACCAGACGUCGAAGUAGAUGUUCCCUAUCUACACCCAUAUUACCUCGAAGAUCCUCCCCGCCAGCCUCUUGGCUCCGGGUGGACCUGGGAAGAUUGGCUUCAUCACGCUUUCAACCUGGUAGAAGAUGUAGAGUUUAUUGCAGGUUUAGAUGAUCAUCGUUUGUUCAAGAGAAAGGUUACUCUAUCUCAUGAGGGGGCUUUCCUUAUCAAAUACCGCUCAGAGGAGGUUCUCACGUAUUUUGCCAAUAAGUGGAGGGAACCUGACUUCAGGAAGUGUUGGGAGGAAAACUCUGAACGCGUUGAUCUCAUCAAAAAAGCCGAAUUUCGCACUAUUUCCGAGGGUAAAACACGGGUUUUACAGGACGCGUUCCUGCCAUUUCCUGCCCUGUUGUCUCGCUGUGAAAGCUUCCUGAAGAAUCACGAGGCAGUUAACUUCCUCAAGGUUGAGGCCCCCUUAGAGGAUGAUGAUCCUUGUUGGAUGGGUUUUGCGAAGCACUUCGGUAUCAAAGCUAACGACGGUAUCCAUCUCUCAGUCGAGAUCCUAAGGGCACUCAUAACCGAUGCAUCUGCUCCCGCUAAUUCAAUGUGGCAUUCUAUUUGGACACUCUACAACCGAAUCUACGCACAGUAUCUAUCUUUCGAUCAAAAGGAUAAACACCCGAUCAAAGCUAUGUUCCGUACAUACAAAUCUUUUAUAUACAUCGGUGAGAACAAAGAUGGCGUAAAUGUAUGGAAGAGCCCGGAUGACUGCCUCUGGGAUGCACCCCCAGCUUUCUCCCUCCGAGUCCCACUCCGCGACACAUGGAAAGAAGUGUUGGAUUCCAUCGAGCCUCAGGACAGCGACAGCCUGGCACAUUUCUUUUGCCAUUUCCUUGGCAUAAAAAAUACCACCAUCCAGAAUAUCUUGGAUGAGCUUUGUCAUAAGCGAGAUUUGUUUUACCGUCAUCCUGCUGCUACAAGCUAUAACCUGAAAGAAACAUACGAACUACUUCACCAGUUGAGUGUGGCCAGCGCGACUUCUCAAACAGAAUUGAAGCACAUAAGCAAGACCCAAAAGAAGUGGUUCAAGACAUCAGAAUGCUUGUGGUCGGCCAACGGCGCGAUCGUCAGGAAACCUUCCCUAGAUGAAAUCUACCCAGACCUUAAAGAGUUCUUCCAUAAGUUCCUCGAGAUUCCUGAACUGGAUCUGAGGCUUUUCUAUCAGGAACUUGUCGACAUGCACGAUACUGUGCCCACGGCAGCAGCCGCCAAGGAUAUGCUUAUUUCCCUCAAUGCCAUGCUUUCUUCAUCGUCAGACCCCGUGAGAUUCGGACCUCAAGCUGAGCGUUUCCAUAUCUUUCCUGCAAUCCUCCCUAAUGGUACUCCUAGAGUACUUCGCUCGCAUGUUCACUUUUUCAUCAACGAUCGUCGCCAUUAUGCCGAGGCCUUGAAAGAUAGCCUUACAAUACUUGACCUCACACUCGACGAGGUGACGCGACUGCACGGCGUGUUCGAAUGGUUCAACUUGAAAGAUAGAUAUCUAUCUCAAGUUGUGGUCGAGAAGACUAGCGUCGAAGAAGGGAACUAUGAGAAACUCAACAGCUUAAUGAGAGAUCUCGCAUUGAAAUCUCCUGCUCUUGUGAGCAUCGCGAUCUAUUCCAAUGAGUCCCUGGACCCUGAUAAGCUGAAUUCAAGCUUGCAGAAGGUCCAGGUUUAUGUUACUGACUCCAUCAAGUCUACCUUGAUUGCCGAAGAAGGCGGGAAGAAAGUCGAGAAAUCCAUCGGAAAGAGCGACCUUCACAUCCAACGUUUGGACAACGGUGAUCUGCGGAUAUACCUUACACCAGACGAAGAUUCUCGAGACUUGGCUAUCGCAUCCAAACUACCUCGGGAGCUCAUGGCUGCCUUGCUGGGAUAUGAUACGCGCAAGGUAGAUGCUACAGUCUUUAAUAUCGCGGCGAGCAUUCUCCAAGCCAAGAGAAGCCAUGUCCACCGGAUUCUCGAGUUGAAUGGUGUGCCUGACUUGAACUUGCCAUGUCUUGUCGGCGAAAACUAUCUAGCUGCUGAAGUUGAAGCCGAGAACCGAAAAAUGGCAAUCCUUCCAAACUCUCCGGGAAGGUCUUCUCAGUCCUCGCUCACUCUACAGGACACGUAUGAUAAGGAUGCUUACCUUGACGUGCUUGUCCACGUUGUAGAAGCAGCAAGAGCUCACCAAUUCCCGACCAAGAGCGGCGAAGCGGACCUUUCCCAAGCUCUCAAUGGCCUGAACAUCUCAAAUUCUAAGCCGAAACCCAAACAGCUGAAAUUCUCUCACUCUAAUGCGGACGAAUGGAGGCAGAUGGUGGGCGCGGCUGGUGAACUCUUUGUAAGUGGCAAAUGUAACUUUCUGCUUCUUGCUCGAACUAAUGAUCCUUUUCCUGUUCAGGUUUUCGAGAUGCUCUCCAGCCUUGAUCCCCCUCUUCCUAAGUUUGGACGAUCCAAUUGGCAGAGCAUUAUGCGUAGAUUCGUCACUGACCAUCCAGACUACGCUGAUAUGGAUGCAUGGGUUGGAGAGGAAGAUGGCGAUAUCCAGUACAAAGAUACACAGAACGCCCUGACAGACUAUCUCAUUGAAAGGGGCUACUUUGACGAGACGUGGAUGCGGCAGUACUGGUCCGAGUCCAGCACUGGAAGCAGUAGAAAGAAGGUGUUUGCAAUUUUCCGAGUCUACGGCAUUGAGUCGGGCGAGAUUGGCCUCAAGGUGUACGUUGACGCUGAGAGCGCAAGUCAGGGGGGAAACUUGAAAUUUGAAGCCGACAGCUGGGUUGUGAAAGCUCUCUAA